CAUACGUUGACGCAAACUGGGAAUUGAACCCUUGCCGCUCUAAUGGAAACCAUAGCAGUAUUUAGGCACGUUAUUCAACGACAGUAGUAGUAGACAGGGUAACAAUACUAUACACAAUAUUAUGAAAUUGAAAAAAACUGGUCUUUGAAUGACAAGCCAACAACAAAGAUAAUAAUAAUUAACACACAACAACAAUGACAACACAACAAUAGAUCUGCAAAAUGAAGUCCACAAAACGCUUCCUCAAUCUCGCCGCUAGUGCCAUGCGCCCGUGUCUGGGAACAGGGUCUGACCCGCGACCCCGAGGACAAAUUGUAGGUGUCAUUAUGCCUGUUAAACUCCCGCCAACUCCCGCCGCGAUUGCCGGGAGCCGCGUCCUCGCGUCCUUGUCCUAACGCUGUAAAAAAAAAUUAUUAUAAAAUAAUCUAAUAAAAUAAUAAUUGUCUAUGGUUGGACAAUUAAUGAACGCGAACUUUUUAUGCGUUCGUUUUUCAAAUUGUGAUGCUAAAAAUUUACUAUAUCGAUAUUAUUUUGUGUUAUGGAUUUUGUGAUUUAAAUAUUAUAAAAUGAAACGGUGAUUUUAAAUGUGAUCUUUUGUUGAUUUUGUUAUUUUGAAAUUAUAUUUAGAUAUAAAUGACCGUAAUCAAACGAGAUGGGUGUACGGGAAAGAAGAAGCAUAUUCAUAGCCGUUUUAUUGAUUUCAUAUGGAAUAGCUGAUAUUAAAACCAGCUUACCCGUAGAUUUAGCUGUAGAAGAAAAAGCUCCUCAAGUAACAACGAUAACGCCUACCGUAUCAACAUUACCUACCCCCACAACAGUUAACAUUUCUACCUCCACCUAUGCGACAGUUAUUCCACCAAUACCACCCAGCGACCGGGACCGGUUCCUCACAUUCGCUGAAUCUGGUCAUCACCAAACCUUCAUGUUCGCCAAAGACAACACCUUCAUACAGCUAGAUGGCGAUAUCAUCCAAAGGUUUCAAUUAAGAUUAUGCAGAGAAAUAUCGUUCAAGUUUCGAACACGACUCCCUCAUGGUCUUCUAGUGUAUCACAACGUUAAGAAUCCAGUUUUUAAAAUGCAGCCUUAUGCUUUGUACGUCAUCGUGGAGAAGGGCGAACUUAAAGUUGUCCACGUGUUUGGAAAACAUCUUACUUCUGUAACAGUGGGUAGAGCUUUGAACAGAGACCAGUGGCAUAGUGUAGUAGUUACUAUAGACGUCCAUGGAGCCAGGCUCAUAGCUAAAGUCGAUCAAUUAAAAGAAGAAGUUUACUUAAAGGGCUUGAGUUUUGAUACUAAUUACGGUAUAACGGAUAAUUUAACAUCAGUCAUUCUUAUUGGUGGUCUCAGUUCUGAAGAAAAACUACACGGUGUGAAAUACAUAAUAGAAUCAUUCGUCGGCUGCAUCAGUGAUAUGGUACUAAGUUCAGGCAAAGCGGCGUCAGAUCUCCUACCAAUCGUACCACUUAUUGCUACCAAACAUGAAAACGUUAAAGAAGGCUGUAUUAAUAAAUGUCGGACAAUGGAAAACCUUUGUUUUGAAGGUUCUAGAUGUAUUAAUGAGUAUAAUGGAUACAGAUGCGAUUGUUUUGGGACUUUAUAUGAAGAACAGUUAUGUGAUGUCUAUACCGCAACAAUACUUACUCUACGAGGUUCGAGCUACGUUUCUUAUCGCGUAUACGAUUGGAAGGAUCGCGUUCACUCCACUAGUACUAGAGUGAGCUUGCAUUUUAAGACUCGUUUCGACGAUUCCGCACUAUAUUAUGCGAGCGGACAAAUAGAUGACAAACACCAUUAUAUUGCUCUAUCGAUACACCAAGAAAGAGUCGCCAUACAAAUCGACUUGGGUGAUGGAGCCGUAGAAGAUUAUUUAGGAAAUAAAGUUAAUAAUAACCGAUGGCAUAACAUUACUGUGAUUUUACAAGAAAACACAGUAUAUGUAUAUCUAGAUGACAUCAGAGCAACUUACGAAGUGCCAGGUGAUGCUAAAUAUGUGUGUAUUGACCCUGAAAUUUAUAUAUGCGGUGGACCAGAUCUACACAAAAUGAAAGGUCUCAAAUCGUUCAACAACUUCGCGGGGAAUCUCAAGUAUGUUUACUAUAACGAUGUGUCUAUACUUUAUGAAUUGAAGCAAAAUAACCCUAAAGUCCACUACAUAGGUGUAUUGGAUCCUGAGUUCGAAGAGAUCGAUAUAGAAGUGAUACCUAUAACUUAUCCUUUCGCCACGUCUCAUAUAUGGUGGCCUUUGAAUCAGAGCAAUAGUAUCAAUUUGAUUUUCGACUUUAAAACCAGUAAGAAUAUGGCGGUUUUGGCUUACAGUCAGAUCACAUCGGGACAAGGCUACUGGGAGGUAAGAAUGGUAAAAGAGGAAAUAAGAUUCGAACUAGUACCGGAUGUUGGCAAGAAUGUAACAGUAUUGAAAUCGGUUAAGUUUAACGUAAGCAAUGACUGGCACAACGUCGAGUUAGAUUAUAGAAAAGGUCGGAUCAAAUUAACUGUGGACUAUCAUAAUAAACAUGCGCAAAUGUUUGGGCUUGACUUUCAGCUGCAGGACAAGAUAGUAAUUGGUAGUGGAUUAAAAUCAGCUAACUUGGGUCUGAUUGGUUGUAUGAGGAAUAUUAAAAUCAAUGGCCUUCUGAUCGAACCGAGGUUCGUCAUAAACACAGAACGAGUAGUGGGUGAAGUAGCAAUAGACGACUGUAGAUACGUGGACCCUUGUACAAGACCAAACACUUGUGAACACGGUGGAAUAUGCUCUAUUAGAGAGGAUAGAGUUAUAUGCAACUGUGAACAAACAGGUUACAUCGGUGAAAAUUGUCAUUUCGCAACCUUCAGGAAAACAUGUGAAGAGUUGGCACUUCUAGGGUACACGAGAAACGAUGUUUACCUCAUAGACAUUGAUGGCAACGGCAAGUUCCCACCAGCACACGUCAAAUGUGAAUUUCAGAUUGAAGCUGACUCCUCUACCACUGUUGUUGAGCAUAAUCUGCCCAGUCAAGUGGACGUCAGAUCUGCCCUUGGCCAGGACUUUAGCUUCAAGAUCAAGUAUCGCGAGUUCACAGCGGAAAUGCUACAGGAGUUGAUAUCGCAUUCGUUGUUUUGUCGCCAAUACAUGAAGUACGAUUGCAAUAUGGCGCCAUUGGAGUUACACAGUGCCACGUGGUUUAUAUCAUCUUCUAACAACACUGUGGAUUAUAUUGGAAAUGUCAAAAGAGGCUACUGUCCAUGUGGAGUAAAUACGACGUGUGUCAAUCCCACUCAGUCGUGUAACUGUGAUGCAAACGAGAACAAAUGGCUAUCGGAUGAGGGAACUUUGACAGAUCCCAGAAGUUUGGGAAUCACAGAGAUGUUCUUUUUACAACAGAAAGACUUGACUGAAGAAGCUCAGGGUCGAAUUACUUUGGGGCCGUUGGAAUGUGUUGAAACUAACACUCAACGCUACGUAGUAACGUUCACAACAUCUCAAUCGUAUAUCGAAGUGCCAGGUUGGCGUAAAGGCGAUAUUGCAUUCAGCUUUCGUACUACUGGGACCAGCGCUAUAUUGCUGUUUCAACCCCCUAUAAGACCUAAUUACCCUUCGUUUAUGGUUGCUUUGACGAGUGAACAUGAGCUCACAUUCAAUUUCACACUCAACACUGGAACUACAAGAAAAUUAGUGAUUAACUCCAAAAGGAAACUCAAUGGUGGCGAAUGGCACAAGAUUUGGAUAGACUACAACUUCUACCACGUACGUUUCAUGUUAAACACAGAAUAUCAGAUGCUGAAUCUCUUGCAAGAAGAGGAGUUCGGGCCAUUUGAAGGGUCUAUGUUUAUUGGAGGCGCUACCGCAGAACAUCUUAAAAAAUCCGCAGUGCACCAAGGUUUGAUCGGUUGUUUCCGCGGUCUAGUGGUGAAUGGUGAGAUCCUCGAUAUAUACAGUUACAUGUCGGUCCAUUUGUCGGAAAUCAUAAAGGACUGCAAGCCGUCGUGCGUGCCCAACCCUUGUCAGAAUAGAGCCACUUGUAAGGAGUUAUGGUCGACGUACGAGUGCAUCUGUAAGAACCCUUGGGCGCAUUUAGGAGUACAUUGUGAAGAAAAUAUCAAUGAAAAAGCACUAACAUUCCAAACCAAAGAGGCUUACCUAAAGAAAAACUAUCUAGUAGACAACGCGACAAACGCAGAAAAGAUGCGACUCAAGAAAAUGAUGACAGAAAACGUCCUAAUGAACCUAAGGACGUACGACGACAACGCAAUAGUGUUGUACGCGAACGACAAUCUCAACAACUUCAUUCACUUAUUCAUUCACAAUGGAACGGAAAUCAUUUAUCUGUUCAACAACGAAGAUGAGAUCGUACAAAUGAAUGUUACUUACGAGAAAAUCAACAAAGGGGAAAGUGUGCAGAUAGCAAUCAUAAGGACUGAGAACACGACCACUCUGCAUGUUAAUGAUAAGAACACAACGAUUAAUAAAGUUGCAAAGCUUCUGUCUAACUACACUAAUAAGCCGUGGGUGAACGCUGAUUUGGAGGUGAUCCGUCCGCAAAGACCUCCAGCUCCACCAACAGAUUACUUCCAAAUGAACCUCGGAGGCUACGACCCGUACUCCUUACAUUUAGCUCCCCGAGCCAUCCUUCUACCGCAAGGGGGAUACGUUGGAUGUGUGAGAGGGUUCAAAAUUGCUGAUCACGUGGUCGACUUAUCGAAGAAAGCUCAACAAAAUAUUGAACAAGAUCUAACGGGCGUGCUACCGGAAUGCAAUAUGAAAUGUGACUCAGAACCUUGCAAAAAUGGCGGAAUCUGCACAGAGGACUUCACAAACCAGGAGAGCAGUUGUGAUUGCGAACUGACCAGUUAUUUCGGCGAAUAUUGCAUGGAGGAAAAAGGGGCAGAUUUCAAUGGGGAAAGCAUUUUACAGAGGAAAUUUGUUUUAGCCGGGCCCGUGUUCAAAGUAAAAAUAAAUUUAGCGUUCUCCAGCAACGAUCUGCGUCAAAAAAAUACGGUGUUGUUACUAGUGCAAACGGAAAACAAACGUAGUUAUUAUUUACUGGUAGCAAUAACACAGGACGGAUACUUGAAAUUCGAAGAAGACAGAGAAGAAUCCGCUUACGGUGGUGAAGUUAAAAACAGAAACUUCCUAAACGGAGCACGCCACACAGUAUAUUAUACAAGGAUAGGACAAGAAGCAAUGUUACUAAUAGAUAGAAUAGAAGUUCCCUUAGAGAAGUUACCACCAGAAGGUCUAUGGGAGGUCUCUGAUGUGGGCUCUAAUGAAGUACAGAUCGGUGGACUAAACACAACAGAUCCUAGACUUAAAAUAUAUAAAGGAUAUAAUGGAUGUCUUUCUAAUAUAUUCGUUGAAAUAAAUGACUAUGAAAUGAAGCCGCUAGAAGAAUACAUGCUGUUCACUAGAUCUGACACAGAAAAAGUAAACGCCGUGAACGCUCAAGGAGUUCGAAGUGCACAAUGCUCUGCCGAUUUCGAUGAAGCAUGGCCUGAACACGAUCAACUAGGAGCUACACAUAACGGAAGCUUCCUCAUUAGUGUUGAUAAAACGUGGGUUGAGGAUCCGCCUUCACGAGUUCCAUACGACUCCAUGCAUUUACAAAUCGACACUGAAGAAGAAAACACCGACAAGUUUUUCAUCGCUCUAACGGUUAUAUUUCUUCUGGGUCUGUGCUACACUGGAUCCCAUAUGUGGCGGACACACAAAGCCUACAAAUUGAGACUAGAGAAAGAAACAGAUGAGAAUAUCAUGAGGAAUAAGGAGAAAGCCACCAAAUAUCAGGAACCAUCUGUAUCUUUAGUACAGCUCAAUAAAGAUGAAGAAGUUAAAGAAGAAGAUAAGAAACCGAAUGGAGUUGUCAUUGAUAUCGUACCAGCCAUCAUAAUAGAAGCAAACGAGGAUAAACCACCCAGUAGACGUGGGUCCCUGAGAUUUAGAGACAUGGUAGAUAAGGAUAUCGCAUGGGAACCAUUAGAAGAGAAAGAUGAAAUGCUAGAAAAUGAAGAAGAAGAAGACGAUAAAGAGAGUGAUUCGGACGAAGCAAGUGACUAUGAGAGUGAUACUGAUGUAGACAAUAAAAGUAAUGCUUUACCAAAUGGCAUAGAAAAUGAAGCAGAACCGAGUCCCCGGAAAAUAUCAACACACCAGCCUUAUAAAGUUGAAGAGGAAAAUACUAUAGAGUUGACGACUAAUGCAUGAUGAAAUAAAAUUUUAUAAAAUUUCAAACGUA